GUCGACGCUAUGAUGGUGGUGUGAAGCCCAAAUUUAAUGUAAAUCAAGUAGGAAUUCCACAGGUUGCUGGCUACAACUUGAGCAGGAGAGGACAGUGGGAAGGAGCCUGGAGGCCGUUCACACACAGCCACUACAGUCCUCUCAACGUCACAGUCAAUGGCAUCCCCUGCAUUCUCUUCCGGGCCAAGAGGAUCAUGAUUAAGUUUGAAAACCACACACAGCUGGAUUUGACAGAGAAGACGUUUGGUGUCCAUGCAACAGUGGAUGUUGGAGAUUCAAACUGCAGUGAAGACAAUGCAAUGCUUUCUCUGAAGUUUGGUGACAUUGGCAAUCUAAAAGGACUUGUUAUUAGAUUCUUAUUAACAACCAACUAUUACCAGCUGUCUGUUCAGAACUGGUUCAGUUUACACAGACUCCAGCUGCUUUACAACCACUCCAUACAAGCCACGUUUAAUGCAACCAGGAUCUAUGCACCAUCCAGUUACUCCUACCACUGUGAACACGUGAGCAGCUUGCAGAGAUACAAUGCACUCCUCAUUCCCAGCUCUGCGAACGAUCUGUCAAAGCUUUGGGAAGUCACUUUCAUUGAUUUCCAGAUUCAAGGCUUUAACAUUCAGGAAGGACAUUUUGCCUAUGCGAAAGACUGCGCGUCCUUUUUCUCUCCAGCAGUCCUGAUGGGGUUGGUGAUGUCCCUCAUUCUGCUCCUGGUUCUCGCCUACGCUCUUCACAUGUUGCUCCACCUGAAGUCUCUCGACAGGCACUAUGAGUACAAAGCUUCUCCUGCCUAUUUUGGACAGAUGAAAGACAGUGACAUGGGGGAUGAGAAAGAGCCACUGAGAAGCAGUGGAAAUGAGUGCUAUGAACUUAGAAGCCAACAGUUCUGUAAAAUUUAUAUUUAG